UCCAGGCCUCACAGAGUGGACUUUAGCAUACAGAAGUCUUUUACCUGUUACACAUCAUCCACCUUUGAAUGAAACCUUGUUCACGAUACCAGUGUGCAAACAACAGGCUGCUGUUUGAUCAGCCAUACAGCGCCGUACUGUAUAUCGGCGUGCCCGCAGGUCAUCUCUUGUGUCAAAUGCCCUUUUUACCCCCUCACUCUAACAACAGAACGCAUCCAUGUAGAAGCGCAGAUAACUGAAUAUGAUUUAAUAACCCGCAUCAGGCCGUCCGAGCCCCUCGCCCGUCGCCGGGGAGACGGUGUUUGGCGAGCAGAUAAAUUGCAGCACUGCAAUAACUGCCGUUAUCCGCGCACUGGAUGUUCGGGAGCGCCAUGUAAAUAAAGUGGAAAUGGACGCCCGGCUCAGCGUAAAGUGAUAGAUCCAAUAAAGCAAGCUGAACAAUCAGUGAGCGAGGGGCCGGGCCAAGACGGCGACAAGGGGAGCACCGGUUAAGCGCUUCUGCAACAGGAAGUGAGCUGCAAAAAGUGAGGGAACGCCACAGGAACACCUGGACUUUCUUCGAUUUGGGGAAUUCCAUGCACCUUGUUGUAUGAAAGUUCUUCGCAGAAAAGAUGAGUUGACCGUCGGGUUCCGUAACAGGAAGUCGGUAUCGUCUCGUCAGGGUUCAUUCCGAACCGCCGACCUGCCGUGAACGUCCUUUUCGGGGGACCGCCGUUGGUUCGAUGUCUGUAAAGGAGCUGGCGAUGCAGGAGUGCAGCACAGAGCUGUGCCUGUCUGUCUACAUCAUCACCUUCGUGCUGGGCUUUCCGGCCAAUGUGCUGGCCUUUUACACCUUCUGCACCAAAGUCCGCCAAAAGGCCACGCCCAUCGACAUCCUACUCCUCAACCUGACUAUCUCGGACCUCCUCUUCCUGCUUUUCCUGCCCUUCAAGAUGCAGGAGGUGAUGAACAACAUGCUGUGGGAGAUGCCCUAUGCGCUGUGCCCGCUGUCAGGCUUCAUCUUCUACAUGACCAUCUACAACAGCACCUUCUUUCUGACUGCCGUUAGCGUGGAGCGCUACCUGGGCGUGGCGUUCCCCAUUCAGCACAGCCUGAAACGCCGGCCACUCUACGCCGUCGCCGCCAGCGUCUUCUUUUGGAUUUUCUCCUUCAGCCACCUCAGCAUUGUCUUCAUAAUGCCGUUUAUUGGAACGCCUGUCAAUGCCACGGCGGAAUCCAACGUCACGACUCAGGCUCUGUUUCCAGCUCCGGAGGAAGUUUGCUACGAUAACUUCUCUGACGCCCAGCUGGAGGUACUCCUGCCUGUCCGUCUGGAGCUGUGCCUGGUUCUCUUCUGCAUCCCCUUCCUCAUUUGCAGCUUCUGCUACAUCAACUUCAUCGGAAUCCUGUCGCGGUUGCAGCACAUUGACCGGCGGAGGCGUCUCCGUGCCAUCGGCAUGGCGAUGGGCACACUUCUGGUUUUUGCUGUGUGCUUUGGUCCCUACAACGUGUCCCAUGUGGUGGGUUUUAUCACCUGGCAGAACCCUGACUGGAGGGACAAGGCCCUGCUUUGCAGCACCUUCAACACCUGCCUGGACCCGCUCAUCUUUUACUUCUCGUCGUCGGCCGUGCGGGGUACGGUGGGCAGCGUGAUGGAGGGGUUGAGGGCUCGCCUGAGCGGUUGCCUGUCAUACCGCCCCCCGUGGCGGGUCUCGAAGCAGAGCGGGGACGAUAAGGAGCGCAAACAAGAGCAGAUCAAUGCUAUCUAACAGCCUGGUUUAUUUCUUUAUCACCGCUGGCAACAGGAAAUUAAUGUAAUGUUUAUGUUUGUCGCACGUGAGCCGUCUGUUCGGGUGUGUUGUGACACCGCGUGUCACUUUCCCGAAGGACCUCUUCCUGUCAAGAUGAGCAAAGCGCCUCAUAAACAGGCAGGGAUUUUGUCACAUUUUAAUGAGGGCAUACAACGGCGGGAUGUGGACAAAGACACCGAUUUAAAAAAAAAAUCAAAAAA